UCUUUGAAUUCGUUAUAAAGUGCUUUUGGUUGUGAUUGCAUAGAAAAGUAUCCGAAAAUAACCCUUUCAACACGCUCAGUCGUCGAUAGAUAAAAUGUUAUUUGAUAUUAAAACACACUUAACGUUAAAAGACGCACGAGCGCAGUUUGGCAGGGUUGGUUUAGUAGAGUCGCGCUAACGUCUGGUUCACUGCAGGAUCCGUAUUUUUAAUGCGCAUAAAAGAAAUCGAAACCAAACCAGAGGGAUAGUUUAGUUUCAUUUUCUUCCCUUAAACUGGACCCGAUGCGUUAUGCCACCAGCGCUAAUGGAUGAGGAUGGAAAGGGUGGACUGGCCGGGGGACAUCCUGACACUGGUGGCCCAGGAGGCCAGUGCACUGGUGGAAUUGCUCUGCGAACAAAACAGUGGUGUUCUGGAUCGGAUCUUUGCCUUAGUGGAACCUAAAACACUGGAUCACAGACAGUCACUGACCAACACCAGAGAUCGUGUCUCAGCCAUUGUAGAUUACUUUAAGUCUUCAGACCGAAACUCAUGUAGACAGUUUCUCACCAUUGUAUAUCAGUACAGUGAAAACAUUCCCCUUCUUCUUGAAACUACACUGGUGUCCAUAGCAGGAUACACACCUGGAACAAACUUCAAUCAUACAUGUGAGAGUGUCGACUCUUCACCUUCACCAUAUGUGAAACGUCCACGGCUAGAUCAUUUACAGAGCUACAUGGAUGCUCUUAAAUCCAUGGUACUGCAAAAAUAUGAGUCAGUGGCACAAGCUGUAGUAAAGGACAUCCGUCUGGAAGACACAUGGGUGUAUUUAAGACACAGGAACCCUCCACGAGGGAAAGACAGGACCAUCCAGCCUCAAGCCUCUCUAGACAACCAUGAAGGAGAAGAGUCAGAGCAUAAAGUGUCUGUUGAGUCUCUUUUGAAAACCACCAGCAGGGUUGUCACGCUGCUGGGCCAGGCUGGAUCUGGUAAGACCCUGCUGGUUCACUGCCUCGGUCGUGACUGGGCUGAAGGUUCCUUCCCAUCUAUUCAUCUGCUGUUCCUGCUGGAGUUCCGGCAGCUCAAUCUUAUCUCACGUGAUUUGUCCUUGAAAGAACUACUAUUUCUCUUCUAUCCUGCUUGUGAUGAUGACGAGGAACAAAGUGAUGCAGUGUUUGAAUUCAUCCUCUCCAACCCUGAGAAGGUCUGCUUCAUAUUUGACGGGUAUGAUGAGUUUCGUGCCAAGCUUACGCAUCCUGAAAAGCUGGAGAGCAUCAAUGACCCAAACAAACCUCUUCCAUUGACAGAUCUCCUCUCAGGACUGUGCAGUCGUAGAUUCCUUCCAGAUUGCACUGUGUUGGUCACCUGUAGACCACGAGAUGUGACUGACAUGUUUGGAAGCCCUGGCUUCAUAACCUGUGAGCUACAAGGGUUUGACCGAUUGGGUGUGAAGGAAUAUGCCGAGCAAUACUUCCAUAAAAAAGGAGAUGAACUCAAAAAGAAAGCUGUAAACCUGUUGAUGAACAACCGACACCUCUUGUCAAUGUCUCACGUACCUGGACUCUGUCAUAUUUGCUGUGUAUGUAUGGAACAUCUGUUCUCCAGUGAUGGAACUGAUCUUCAGCUACCAACGUCCUUAACCCAAAUCUACAUGCAGAUCAUCUUGGCGUUCCUCAAACGCAUCAAUGGAGGUGUGGUGUCUGGUACAUCUCCACUGCAGAGAUACAGAUCUAAAAUUGUUGAGAUGAGUCAGUUGGCCCUCAAAGGACUGGAGGAAAGCACUAUAGUCUUCAUGGACACAGAUGUGUCUCCAGAGCUCCAGGAAUUUGGUGUUAAAAGCGGGAUACUGUCUUGUGUGAAACUGACUCGUGAGGAUGGAUCUUCAGGAUAUGGUUUCACGUUCAUGCACCUUACAAUGCAGGAGUUUCUCGCUGCUCUCCACCUCAUGACCAGUCAGAACAUCACUGAGAGUCAACUUAAGAAGAAGCUUAACUUGAAAACCCGCUGGACCACCAAGAUUGAUCCAAAAUCCGUUUUUACAGACUCUCUCCAUGUUUAUGUAUGUGGGCUUGCGGCAGAGGCCUGCAAGUCCAGUUUGGUCCAACUUAAAGGGGCCGAGGGCACUACGGCUUGGGUACAAAAGCGGCAAGCUACCGUCCGUAAUGUUUUGCUGGGUUUUGCAGGAAGUACCAGUCAAACAGGCCCCAAAAUUGUGGAGCUGUGUCGAUGUGCUCAUGAGACUCAAGAUGCUAAGUUAGCAAGAGCUAUUGGUUCGAGACCACAGUUUGAACUGCGAAAUAUCAGACUCAAUGCAGUUGACAUGGAUUCGUUAGCAUUUGUGACAGCGGCUGCUGAUCAGAAUGUAUGUCUGGACAUUGGUGGCUGUUCAAUUGAUCCGGAUUGUUUGGAAAUUCUCCCUAGUUUCAAGAAUGUGGAUCAUCUCAUUUUCCGUAGCCGGAAAUAUGAUGACAAGUUUGCAGAGGCUUUGUGUGGUAUCCUGCGUAAACUCCAGGCUUUGCAGAAAUUAGAUGUCAGUGAAAAUGGUGUUGAUAUGGAUGGGGUGGUGAUGCUUGCUUCUGCCAUUUGUAACCAGAAGAACCUGAGGAAAGUGGAUGCAAGUGAAAAUGGAAAGAAAAAGCUGGUUCUUUGGUUUGACACCAGCAGACGGCAUAAUUCAAGACAGCUGACCACAAAUGUAACUGGGAUACAUCUGCAUAAAAAACUCAGUUUAACCCGUAGUGAUAUCAAACCUGUCUACAUGACCAAGCUGUGUAAGCAACUGGUAAAAUGUGAAAACCUACUGGACAUUGAGUUCUCCCAUCUGAAAUUAUCAAAUGAGUCUGUAGAGAAGUUGAUGUUGAUUCUUCCUGAAAUGUCUUCUCUUCAACUACUGAACCUAAGUCAUGUUGACCUGUCUACAAAUGGGGCUUUGUUAUUGAUCAGAUCUCUUGCUGACUGUCAGCGUGUCACAGCUGUAGAACUGAGGCACCAGGCAGAAGCAUUCAUCAAGUUUGUUCCUGAAAAGGCAGAGGCAGCAAUUUGCAAGCUCACAGAGUAUAAACUGUGCAAAAGCAAUGUUGAGAAGCUCUCAAGGAUACUGGAAAACUGUCCUCGCCUAUCUGAAUUGGAUUUGUCUCAUAACCUUCUUCAUGAUGAAGGGGUGAAAUGUUUUGUUGACUAUUUGCCUAAACUAAAGAUCUCCAGCUCGGUGAGCCUCACCGGCAACCAAAUAACUCAAGUCGGGGCACUGCAUCUGGUCAACUCAAUGAACACCUGUGAGAAAGUUGUUGCUGUUGAAGUCAGUCUUGGAGUGGAAGAUCAGUCUCUGAUUAAGUUUGUGCAGGAACAUGUCAAUGGCAAAACUCUUAGGCUAAGGGAGUGCAGUUUUGAGGUCAUACACUUGAAGAAGCUUGUGGAAAUAGUGAACAGAUGCCCUAGACUACUUACAUUAGAAUUGUCUUCUAAUUCACUGCACAGUCAAGGCCUUUUCUCUCUACUGGACAGCCUGGUUGAGCUCUCCACAAUCCAAACUGUGAAAUUAAGAAGUAAUGGUCUGAGUUCUGAGCAGAUUGAGUAUUUUGUUAAAAAGUUAAGUAGCUGUCACCAACACAGAGACACCAGGAUUGAAGAGCCGUGGCUGACAGGAAAUGCUGUUGCCAGUCUCAUUGCCAAAUGCCUAAAUUUGCAGCCACACAUCAAAGAAAUCAGCGUCAACCGUGCAUCCAUAAACAUCAUUACAGAGGGAAAUUCCAGGCCUAGAUCCACUUUUGUAGGUCAUUCUGAAAACUUCUCACCUGCUCUGCAGUCCAUCAGCUUUGAUGACUGUGACAUAGAAGGACAGCAUCUCGCUCCUCUGACACUUCCCAUUCAGAAAUGUCAUGCCUUACAGGAUUUAAGAUUCUCUCAGCUCAAAGUGGACAGAAAAGGUGCAGAUUUUUUUUCUGCGGUCAUUCCUUUCUUACGGAAUCUCAGGAACCUCACUCUUGAUUUGAAAGGAGCAGCUGAGGAUGAGGUGGCAACACUUAUGGCAGCAUUACCAAAAACUACAUCAUUUGAGAGUUUGAGUUUGUCCCAGCUUGUUUUAGGUGACCAUGGAGCUACAGUACUUGGAAGAGCACUUCAAAGUGUGCCAAAUCUAAAGUCGAUCAAUCUGUCCCAGUGCUCUGGUUGGACAGCAGCUCGAGGGCGGGACCUGGUCAGAGGUCUGGUGCAGUGUGUCUCACUGGCAGAGAUACGACUUGACUCUGUGAUACUUGAUGAGGAGGGUAUAACCAUUCUAGCUCAAGGCUUCAGCCGUUUGACCUCACUUAGGAGGCUCAGCUUGAACAAAAUCAGAGUGGUGACAUCAGAGACAUUUGUGAAUGGCACUGGCAUACUCUGUCUACUGGCCUCUUUUAAGGGUUUUAGACAGAUGGAAGAGAUUGAGUUGGAAAGUUGGAGAAUUGGAGAUAGUGGUACUUAUGAACUUGUGAAAUACAUUCCUUCAUGGACUGAACUAGUAAAACUAAGUCUGUCAGACAACAAUGUGACUGACCAGGCUGGAGAGAAGCUAUUGGCAGCACUAUCCCACUGCAGAGUUCUUCAGAAACUACAACUGUCCAAAAACCAACUUGGUCAGGCCAGUGCUGCUAAACUAGCACAAGUCGUUCCGUUACUGCCUCAGCUUUCAGAACUCAAUUUGUCAGAGAAUCAGUUUGGCCAACAAGGAUCCAUGUCUCUUUGUGAAGGUCUGAUGAGCAUGAAGGCACUAAAAAUACUACAUUUGACUUCGAUUGGGAGUUCAGAUCUGGUUGGUGUUGCCUCAUCCCUCAAACACUGUCCGUCCAUAGAGGACGUCAGCUUGUCAUGGAAUUUAUGUGAUGACAGCCUGGCACGGACACUGGCUGAGAUUCUACCCCUGUGUACAAAGCUGAAAAGACUUGACCUGGAGGCCAAUAAUAUCACCACAGCAGGAGCCACAGUAAUAGCCAAAUGCCUCCCAUCAUGCCCCUCCAUUGAAGUAAUAAGACUCUGGAGGAACCCAAUUGCCAAAGAAGAUGAGAAUCUGAAAGAUCAGAGACUUAAUUUUUCAUCAGUUUAACCACUUAUGUUUUCCUCAAUUUUUUUUCUUCAUUUUUUUAUAUUGUAAAUAAUAUUGUUGAAGUGCUAUUACCAGAUUUUAAGAUUGAGUUAUUUAAUCGGAGAACACAUUACCUCAUUAGAGCAAUUCAUUACACAAAAACAACAACAACACAGUUUCCAGCUGUUCAGGGACUUGAAUCAUUGAAUGUCCAUAUAAUGGAAAUAGUAGGCUCUGGUAAAUAAAGAGAAUGAGCAGGUAACCCCCCUUACCUUUACAAGAGAUUUACAUUUUCUGUGGAUUUUCUAACUUGCAAGAAUUAGAAACAAUGAAAAUGUGACUAAUUAGCACAGUGAAGCAUGCAGGCAGCUCUCUUGUAAAGUUCAGCACAGUCAUGCUCUUUGCUUAUACACUGCCAUAAGAGCCCAGACCUCCAUUAGGGGCAUUCAUGCAUUUAUCAACCCUGGACACAAACCACCAUGUUGUGUUCUCCUGUAAAUUACGUAUUUAUGUCUGUAUUUUACUCGAUCUAUUGAGCUUUUACCUAUAAAUUGUUUUAUUUUAUUUUAUUUUUGAAUUGUGGCACCUGUAAGGUGAAAUUGGUCUGUUUUGUGGUAAACGCACAAACAUCCUCUCUGAUAGCUGCACUGAUACAUUUGUAUUCUAUUCAUGUGUUUUUUAUGUGCACUUUCAAUUUAA